GGAAAAAGCUAAUUGAAAAAGAGUUAGAAAAUGGCUUUUAAUAAGCUUUGUUGCUAACCUUUAUUUCUCUGUUUGGAGGCAAGAAAAUAAUCCAUUUCUUUUUAGGAAACUUUCUUGGAACUUCUCAAUCUCAUGGUAAAUCUUCCUAAUUUGCAUUUUUUUUUCCCUCUCCCAUUACCUUAAUUUAUUUGAAAACUUUAUUUUCAAAUUCUAAUACCUUAAGCUUGAACUAUACUAGCUAGUAUAUAUUAAGUUAUAGGAAGCCCAUUUUCUUAUAAAUUUAGGAUAGAGAGAGACUAAUGGGAUUAUCAGCAAGUUUUGAGUACAUUUGUGAUGUGAUAAGCAGAAGUUAUAAGCACAAGUUGAAGAAGAAGAAGAUGAUGAAAGAGAUGCAGACAGUUAAUCUCAAAGUGAGAAUGGAUUGUGAUGGAUGUGAGCUUAAAGUUAAGAAAGCCCUGUCUUCUUUGAGUGGAAUGAAAAGGACCAAUGCACCCAUUUGGACCAUCCAUUAUGUCUGUUCCGAGAUAUGUAAGGCUAGUACGGUUGGUGUGAAUGAAGCCAUUAACACCAUACGUGCCAACUGUUUUGAGAUCUAUCCCGUAUAUGCGAUGAACGAGCGAUAUGAAAAGAUUUCCAUUUGUACCAUUUAUGCCAAAUGCGCAAGCGGAGACGUAUUGGGGUGAAGAAUAAAACAAUCUCCACCCUUCCCCAAUUCACUACCACCGCCCCUGCACGAUGCUUUCAUCCAGUGAAGAAAGUGAAAGAAACGAUGAAAAAUGAAUUGUACGAAAUGACAUAUUCAUACAUUCGUCCCAAGACUUAUCGCGGCAUAUCUUGGAAUGAAUGAUACAGAUGACCUAUUCGUACCAUAUCUUGUUGCAAAAAAUUGAAGUAAUUCAAAUUCAAAUCAACUUAAAAAAUGUCCAUUCUGUCCAUGAUAUCAUUUCCACUUUGUGGACGGCACAAGUUCUUAAGAAAAAGUGGUGGAUAAUAGUUGAUAGUAGUGGGUAUUGUUGUA